AUGACUUCAACAGAAGAGAGCCAACCUAAGCAGGUUCAGACCAUCUGCUUGAAGAAUGAUAAACUCAACAAGUGCAGCAACGCUUGGAGACCAAGAAUGAAAAGGAACUGCCCUGAGAAGGACCCAGAAAUGCUGCAAACGGAGGACCUCCUGCGAAAAGUGCGGGCUAUCUUGAAUAAACUGACUCCGGAGAGGUUCGACCGACUGGUGGAGCAGGUGCUGGAGCUGAGUAUCGACUCUGAGGAGAGGCUCAGUGGUGUGGUGGACCUGGUCUUUGAAAAGGCCAUCGACGAGCCUCUCAGCUUCUCCGGCAUGUACGGCCAGCUGUGCCACCGCCUUGUCCAUUUGAAGGUGCACACGACCGAGAAAGCCGACAGCACCGUGACCUUCCGCACGCUGCUGCUUCGCCGUUGCCAGAAGGAGUUUGAUGGGGAGAGAAGUGACGACGUGGUGGUUCAGAGGAAGCAGGCGAAGCUGGACUCUUCUGCAUCCACUGCAGAGCGUGAGCGGCUUCAGGAGGAACUGCAGGAUGUGAAGAACAAAGCUCGGAGGCACUCAGUCGGACUCAUCAAACUCAUUGGGGAACUCUUCAAGCUGAAGAUGUUGAUGGCGGCCAUUAUUUUCAGCUGUACCUUCCAGCUGUUAAAGAAACAGGACGAGGACUCGCUGGAGCAGCUGUGCGUGCUGCUCACGACUGUCGGCAAAGAGCUCGACACUAACAGAGCCAAGCCACAAAUGGAUCAGAUGUUCAACCAGAUGGCAAAACUGAUCGAGGAGCGCCAGACGUCGGCACGAAUCCGCUUCAUGCUGCAGGACGUUGUGGCAUUAAGAAAGAAAAACUGGGUUCCUCGGAAGGCCAAUCAGGGCCCAAAGACCAUCCUCCAGGUCCACAAAGAGGCUGAGAUGGAGCAACAGGAGGAGCAGAUCAAAACGAUGAAGCAGCUGUUCUCCAAAGAUGACUGGAAACCAGCAAGAACCUCGGUCGCUUCUCAGUACCAGAAGGAAAAAACCAGUUCCACUGCUCCCACCAGGUGUUUCAUCCCUCGUGAGACCCCCAGGAUUUCAAAGCAGCCACAGUUGGAUCCCGUUCAGCCAGUGGCGCCAGUUGAGCAGGUGCAACCGCUGGAACCGGCUGAAUGUAACUCUGAGGAGCAAUGGACGAUAGUGAAGAAGAAGAAAGCCAAGAAACAGAGACAAGGAGAGGCCAGAGAAAAAGCACCCAUGGAGGAAAACAGAGCGGAGGCAGUGAAAGCGGUGGAACCACUGGAGCCCAUUCAGCCAGUGGAACAGGUGGAGCAGGUGGAGCCGGUGGAACCACUGGAGCCCGUUCAGCCCGUGGAACUGGUGGAGCAGGUGGAGCCGGUGGAACCACUGGAGCCCGUUCAGCCCGUGGAAUUGGUGGAGUCGGUGCAACCAGUGCCGGCAGUUGAGCAGGUGGAGCCAGAGCAACCGCUGGAGCCAUCUGAAUGUAACUCUGAGGAGGAGUUACAGAAGAUGAAGAAGAAAGCCAAGAAACAGAGACAAAGAGAGGCCAGAAACAAAGCACUCAUGGAGGAAAACAGAGUGGUGACAAUGAAAGCCGUGGAACCACUAGAGCCCAAUCAGCCAGUGCAGCAGGUGGAGCUGGUGGAACCACUGGAGCCGGCUGAAUGUAACUCUGAGGAGCAAUGGAAGAUAGUGAAGAAGAAAGCCAAGAAACAGAGACAAAGAGAGGCCAGAGAAAAAGCACACAUGGAGGAAAACAGAGUGGAGCCAGUGACAGCGGUGGAACCACUGGAGCCCAUUCAGCCAGUAGAACAGGUGGAACAGGCCAACGUGGAGGAAUGUCAGCUGAACUUGUCCUCCUUCAUGAGAGCUGUGGUGAAGGCAGUGCGUCAGCCCACAAUGAAUGAUAAUGAAGGCAACUGUCGAGUGGACACGUUCGUCCUAAAGAAGAGUUUGCCAGUCCUACGAAAAUACCUGGAGUCCGACGAUGAGCAACAGCUGCAGGCACUUUAUGCCCUUCAGGGUCUGAGCGAAUCCCUUGGUCACCCUCGAAACUUCUUGCAGAUGUUCUUCGAUGUCUUCUAUGACUGGGGACUGAUCUCAGUUGCCACGUUCCGCAAGUGGCAGAUGAGUAGAGACGACGCCGAGCACAAGGGAAAAGCCAAGGCCAUUGAGUCCACCAUGCCCUUCUUCACCUUCCUGCGGGCGUGUGAGGGACUCUGA